UAUUAAUUUCAUCAUCUGUAUACUUUUCUCUUCAAGAUGAACAUAUAUAGAAGAACCAAGCUUCUUCAUUACAUGCCUUGAAAUGUUACAGAAAUAAAGGUUAUUUUGUUCUUUAGACAUGAAGCCUGCACUUUUUUUCUUUCUUCACUACAUGUGAUAUUAACUGAUAAAGAGAUUAUGCAAAAGGAAAUUGGAUUGGAGAAGACAAUGGAAGAGAAUAUGGGGUCGGCCUCAGAGAAAAGAGCAAGGCCUCAAGAGCAGUUGAAUUGUCCAAGGUGCAAUUCAACGAACACCAAGUUUUGUUAUUACAACAAUUAUAGCCGCACUCAACCAAGAUACUUCUGCAAAACAUGCAGAAGGUAUUGGACUGAAGGUGGAACUCUCAGAAAUGUUCCUGUUGGAGGAGGUUCAAGAAAGAACAAAAGGGCAACAUCAGCAACAGCUUCAAAUUCAUCGUCAGCGAUUUCUUCAUCAAAGAAUAUCAUUCCUGACCUUAACCCACCAAGUCUGUCUCACUUUUCAUCUCAAAACCCUAGGAUGACCCAUGACGGCCAAGAUCUUAAUCUGGCCUUCUCUGCUAAUGUGGAGCACUACAACGGCACUAAUACUGCUCAUUAUGUUGAUCAUCACCACCAGGUGCCCAAAAUGGAAAGCAACAGCUCAUCGGCUUUGGAGCUGAUGAGGAGUACUGGCAUUGCUUCUAGAGGUGUGAAUUCAUAUAUGCCAAACUCAAUGCAGGAUCCAAAUGGAGUGCUUUAUCCAUCGUCCGGGUUCUCUUUGCAAGAAUUCAAACCAAGCCAGCUUGGAUUUUGUGUUGAUGGGCUUGGAAGUAGGUAUGGUGAUCAUCCUGAAGAGAAUGGUGGUAAUGGAAGGCUCUUGUUUCCAUUUGGGGAUUUGAAGCAGAUCUCAAGCACUACUACAGGUCAUCACGAACUUGAUCAGACUAAGGGGCAAGGUAAUUCCACUGGGUAUUGGAAUGGGUUAAUGGGUGGAGGGUCAUGGUGAUUGAAUAAUUGGCUAUCGGGAUAAAGAGAAAAGAAUGGGUAACAAAGUGUUCUUUUCACUUUUGUUUCGUUCUCUUUUCCUUUCUAUUUGACGCUGUUGAUCAGAACUAACAGAUUGGAUAAUAUGGUUUCGUAGUUUGUUAUAUAUUCUUCUUAAGCAUGCUUUCUGAACAAUUUGUAAGCAAAUGGAGCUUAGCUUCAAGGAACUUUUGUAUGCACCGGUUAUACAUGACUUCUCUCUUAUCCGCAUAUUGUGAUAGAAAGAAAAUAUCAUGUAUAACUGAAACAUACAACAAUUUCUACCCGGC